AUGGCUCGUCAAUACAAAAUUGUCGUUGGUUGUGACAACGCUGGAUGCGAUUACAAGAACGCUAUCAAGGCCGACCUGGAAAAGUUGCCAUCCGUCAGUCAAGUCAUUGACGUCGGUGUCGAGCAUUCUAAAGACUCUAAAGCGUAUCCUUCAGUUGCCAUUGCUGCUGCUGAAAAAGUCGCCAAUGGAGAAGCGGACCGUGCUAUUCUCAUCUGCGGCACUGGUUUGGGUGUAGCCAUUGCUGCCAACAAAGUCAAGGGCAUCAGAGCUGUAACUGCUCACGAUUCAUUCAGUGUUGAACGAAGUAUUCUCAGUAACAACGCUCAAAUCCUAUGUAUGGGCCAGAGAGUGGUCGGAAUCGAGCUCGCUCGCCGUCUGGCCAAAGAAUGGAUGACUUAUGAGUUCGACACCAGCUCGGCUAGUGCAGAGAAGGUCGCCGAGAUUGUCAACUACGAAAAUGCCAACGCCAACGACGCACCCUCUCAAAUCAACGGCUGCUAA